AUGCGUGUUUACCUUCCUGUUUCACUACGCAUAGAUCACUUUAUUCAUCAGUGUGUUUUUCCUAUAUCCAGGGUAUAUACUCAUCGACUUUUUAGUUUUGGACUUCAUAAUCAACCAGGUACAAUGGAAGAUAUUACUCCAGUAAAGGAGAUUGACUCAAUCAAGGACGAUUUCACAAUUAAGGUUCGCAUCAUACGUCUUUGGACUCAAAAGUCAAAAUUUGAUGCAAAUGACACAUACUCGAUUGAAACGAUUCUGAUGGAUAAGGAGGGAAGGAAAAUUCAUGCAUCUUGUUUGAAGAAAUGGUUUCCUAAAUUCCAACGCUAUUUAAAAGAGGAUACUUCAUUAUACAUCAAGAAACCUAAUGUCGCACCAAAUACUUCAAACUUUAACUUUGCUGAUCCGGACAAAAAACUUACUUUAAAUCCUGAUACAACUCUAAAAGAGUGUGAAAACUUUUCUGGUUCUACAUAUGGGUUUGCUUUUGUUGACUUCAAUACGAUUCUUUCUAACAACAUCCUAGAAUUGAUAUCUGAAAAUGGACAACAACUUUCAUCAAGUGGAAUCAAGAUGAUUGCAUCAAAACAAGAGACGGAACACGAUGACUUUCUGAAAAAUAAUUUGUUUUCGAAUAUUGAUGAUGUGUUUGAACCUUUGGAGGAAAAAACGGUCGUUAUUGUUGGUACUGUUAAGGGAAUACGUCAAAACAUACGUUGGUAUUACCUUGCUUGUAGCAACUGCAAAAAGUCAGCAAAACAAAAAGAGUCUUCUACUGAUAAGGUUGAUGGUUCUCAUGAAGUGGCCGAAAUCGUUACUUAUGAAUGUGCUAAUCCUAAAUGCAAAAAUAUCAAAAUUUCGGUUAUUCCAAGAUUUAAAAUCUCACUUCGGGUUCAAGACAACACAGGAACCUUGACUUUAACCUUAUUUGAUCAAGAAGCAAAGAAGUUGUUUAAAUAUACAGCUAAAGAGUUGUAUGAUAAAAACAAGAAGCUUGGCAUCAAUUUGGAUUUGUAUCCAAUGGAGUUGAAAGUUGUGGUGGACAAAAAGUUGGCAAUUAAAAUUGAUAUCUCAAGUUACAAUGUCACUAAUAAAAGUAAUAUUUAUGGGAUAUCAAGAUUAACCGAUAAUGCAGACAUAAUUGAUGAACUGAAAAAAAAGAAUAUUAUUCUACAGUCUGCUAAUUCGAAUUCAUUCAUGAUUGGUUCUUCAGAUAUUGGUUCCCAAGAGACCAAAGUUGUCAAGACAGGUGACAAUUUAACACCUUGUGCUAGGGACAACUCAACUGCAACAAGUCCUACAAAGUUGAUUUCUACACCAACUGAGUUGAAAAGAAACCUUGCUACAUGCAUAGAUCUUGAUGAAAAGGAGAAUUUGUCAACAUCUAAGUCUGCUCGAUUGUCACCACCGGAUGAACAACUAAUGCCUCUUUUGGUCCCCAAGAAAGAAAAGUAA